AUGGCUCAGGAAUUAGAAGACUCAGAGCAAUCCAGACUCGAUGCUUAUAACCUAAUGCAGGCACAAAAGCAGAUCGCGGCGAGGGCCUACAACAUGAAGGUGAAGCAAAAGACUUUCGCCGAAGGCGAUUUGGUAUGGCGUGCCGUGCUCCCUAUCGGGACUAAGGACCCUAGGUUCAGCAAAUUCUCACCCAAUUGGGAAGGGCUAUUUAUUAUCGAAUGA